CUUUCGGUAAACCCACUGAGAGGCUGACCGACCGCAACAGGGAGAAAUUUUGAGACCAGUCCGGGUCGGCGUGUGUUUUGCGACAUUUGGGGGGGAGGGAAAAAAACAUUACUGGGUCAUGGACGGUUUUGUUUAGUCAAGUUUCGUUGAAUCCGGUUUUUCUGCUUGUUCUACAGCGACGGUUGGAGUUGGAUCCCCGGCCGGCUCAGAAAGGAAACCAUAUCUGGUCAAAGUAUUCGUUGCUGUCACAAAGCGGGACGUCCGGCUAUAAAUAGCCCCGGGAUAAGUGCACGUAAGGAGGUUUCUCUUUUAAGCUAUCCAGGUGCUUGGCGGCCUUCACUGUUAAUAUAACUUGUGGGCUGGAGGUCCGCGAGGUGAGCUGUCAAGAUAUUAUUUUAGGAAAAGACUAUUACAGCCUUACGGCUAAAGGAAAGGCUUGGAGAAGAUGAGAAACUUCUACUAUUCUCCUAAUGAAGUUGGACGGUAAAGCGAUAGGCUGACUUAAAACUGGAACGCAUGGUUAGGAAGGUUUUCAGUGACUUCGAGGAGGGGGAAUCAAGACCACCUGGCUAACUCUUAGUCUGCAACCCUACCUGGAAAAAGUGCGGUCUCCUUUUCGUCCGGGGGAUCUGCAGGCACCUGGUUGCCUUCGUUUUGGCUUUGCUGUGAGGAGUGCUUGAGGUGUGUUGCCAAUCAUGUCAUCAGUGAGGAAGGAGAUGGAGAAGUACAGGGACAUCGAUGAAGACGAGCUGCUGAAGAAACUGACAGAGGAAGAGCUCAGACGGCUGGAGGAUGAAUUGGAAGAGCUGGAUCCUGAUAAUGCCCUGUUGCCUGCUGGGAUGAGGCAGAAGGACCAGACCAAGAAGGCUCCCACGGGAACUUUCCAGAGAGACAACCUCCUGGCCCAUCUGGAGAAAACGGCCAAAGAAUACCCUGAUAAAGAAGACCCGGUGCCCUUCACUGGAGAAAAGAGAGGUAAGGCGUGGGUUCCUAAGAAGAGGGUGGACCCCAUCAUGGAGAAUGUGACCCUGGAGCCAGAGCUAGAAGAAGCCCUGGCUAAUGCUAGUGAUGCUGAACUCUGUGAUAUCGCAGCCAUCCUGGGCAUGCACACUCUGAUGAGUAACCAGCAGUAUUAUGAAGCCUUGGCCAGCAGCACCAUCGUCAACAAACAAGGCCUCAACAGUGUGAUCCAGUGUACCCAGUAUAAACCAGUUCCAGAUGAGGAACCCAACUCAACUGAUGUAGAGGAUACUCUGCUGAGAAUAAGGAGGAAUGACCCUGACCUGAUAGAGGUCAACCUCAAUAACAUCAGGAACAUCCCCAUCCCAACCUUGAAGGCGUAUGCCGAGGCCCUGAUAGAAAACACAGUCGUGGAGCGGUUCAGUAUUGUAGGAACCAGAAGCAACGAUCCUGUUGCCUUUGCCUUGGCUGAAAUGUUGAAGGUGAACACGACACUGAAAAGUCUGAACGUGGAGUCUAACUUCAUCACAGGGGCCGGGAUACUGGCCCUCAUAGAAUCACUGCAAUCAAACACGGCACUACAGGAGCUCAAGAUAGACAACCAGAGUCAGCCAUUGGGUAACAAGGUGGAGAUGGAGAUAGCGAGUAUGCUGGAGAAGAACACCACCCUGUUGAAGUUUGGUUACCACUUCACCCAGCAGGGCCCGCGUCUCCGGGGCUCCAAUGCCAUGAUGAAUAAUAACGACCUGGCGCGGGUAGUCAGAUCGGAUUCUGACGGUUCUUUCACCCUCACCCUGUCCGUCCCCGAGUUGGAGAGGGCCUUUGGAAAGAAGUUCAAAUCCAAGACUAAUAAGAAAGAGAAGGCUUGAAGGAGGACCCAUCUUCCCCAAAUGCCGGACAAACGUGUAAAAACCAGGGUAUCCCUCUCCUCCAAGACCCCCCCCCUUUUUUUUUAAGACAGCCUACCCAGAAGUCUUUGUGCCCCCCAACUCACCCACCAAUCUCUGUUGUGAGUUCAGGGAGCAUCUCUGUCUUCUCUCUUCUGUCUCCUUCUUACACUCCUGUUUGAUAGAUCUUAGAGGAUUUGAUUGGGUUAACCAUUGACCGGCCGCCAUCUAAAAUGGGGGGGGGGGGGAAGAAUUCGACUUGCAUUUGGGAAGGGAUAUGAAUUUAAAAUCACACUUUGUUAAAUUAUGUAUUGGAUUGGGACUCCGAACAGGUGGCUGCCACUGUUGCAUGACAUGGAAGGUAGCAUGUUGGUUUGUCAGGUACCAAAGCACAACUUAGUUUUUUCAAACUUGAAUCCCAGGUGGAAAAAGUUGAAGCACCAUCUCUUUUUUCGAGUGGAUCGUUAUACCUGCCAUCUUGCUCUUAUAAUCCUUUAAUUAAUAUCUCCAAGUGUUUUUUGGGGUUCUGCAGUUUAGUGACUGGAGGGCUGUUUUUCGAGCGAAGGCCAAUUCAAACGCCUGGAGCUGCUUGUGGCAAUUUCUGUUUCUACUGUUGAGUUCAUUAGAUUUUAGAUAGCAUAAUUCUAGUGUAAAUGAGUUGUGGUUGUUGUGACUGUCAUCACAGUUUUUUUCCCCUACCUUUGUUGACUCGAGGUGGACACAGCAAAAUACAGUUAUUUUUAAACGAUUAGCCGCUAUUGGAUUUCUAGCGGUGUGCGCGGCGGUCAGCCUCCUGCUCACACUGACAAAUAUUGCAUUUGUUGGUGUCUAUCUGUCCUUAAAUACAGAGAUUGUUAAGUGACAGAUAAAUCUGGCAACUGUGAGACUCUUUCACUAUACGUAUAUAGAAUAUAUUUAUUUGUGAUAGACUUUGGAAAAGGUUUGAACAAGUGUCCAUUCAAAUACUUUACAUGGAUGUCAGCUGGCUGCAAUGGUUGAGCUGGGUUCACAGGGGCGAUGGUAGUUUGGAUGGAGUAGAUACAAUAUGUUGUUAAUGAUCGUCAGCAUUUGACAUCAACCAAUCAGAGGCAAGAGAAUUGGUCAGGUGACCUGUCCCCAAUCUAGUUAUAUAACAUAUACCACAAUUACAAUCGCAAUCUAAUAGUUAACUCACCUUGGAAAUAAUAGCUGUGAUUCUUGUAUAGCAUUUCAUUUUAGUACACUAGCCAGCUGUUGGUUGCUGGUAAAGCAAAUUAUUUGGCUAUGCUAAAAUUAUGCUAGAAAACUUUUAGUAAAAAUUAUGAGAUAGCAGUUAAUAAUCUUAAUUAAAAAGGUGUGAAACUGUGAUUGCUGGCAAUUUUGGCUCCAAAUUCGCUGUAAAGAUUUACCUGAGUAUGGUGACCUUAACUGUUUGUAAGGUGUUUGUAAGCACAGCUCUCACACCCAUAGCUGGUUGGCAGCACUGCCCUAAAUGUAGUGGAUUUCUGAUGGCUGUGCAGUGCACCGUGUUUGCAUGUUGUCAAUGAUAACAUGUGGAUUCACAUGCACUUUCUAUCCAGUGCAUCCAAACUGAGGCUGGCUCAGCGUCACCAGACACCAACUUUGGAAAGAGACUAGCAACUAGACUAGACUUGCGACUGUAAAACAACACAAAAUGGUCAAAUUUUUCAGAUGAGGGCAUACAAAGCAUCAGCCUCCAUGGUUUCUGGUGGUAGUUAUAGUAAGUUAUAGCUGAUGGAAUUGCAAAUCAAGCCCUAUUUGGAAUUUAAAUAGGUCACAGAGGGCCCCAUAGAAAUUUAAAUAGUUAAAUAAUUUAAGGUUGAUGUUGCAGACAAACUACUUUGAGUGAAGAUAUAGGCGUAAUAAUAAGUAGAACUGACCAUUAACCAGCUCUAGCCCAGUUUGUGUUUGAAUGAAUUUCUUUUCAUAACCUUGAACCAGGUCUUGUUUGUUGAUUGUAUGUGUUUGUAGUUAUUUACUGGAGAUUGACAUUAUCGUUACAUAUGAGAUGAUUGUAUAUCACCCCUGACUGUUCAUGAAUGAUUUCACAAAAUGGGAUUAAUUGCUGACCUCAGGCUGUGGAGUAUGUUAACAAGUACUGCAGACACCAGGUUUAAAAAUCUUAGUGCAUGUUUAUGUGAAUCAUCUUUUUCUGUUUUCAGACCCCCGUAACUGGAAAAAAGCUCCGUUUGGCUCUAAUUUUGACGAUCAACUCAAAUGUAAAACACCAUUUACAGCUUUAACAUACGCGUAAAAACUCACGUUUGGCUGUCACAUACUGUUAGUUCUUGAAUCCACCAACCAGGCUAAAUUUCAGAAUGAAAAAUAAACUUCAGGAGUAAAUGUAGACAACCUCUUUAUGCAGCAGAUGGCGCUGUACUCUGACAUUUGGCAUGAGUCUCAAAUAUGGGAAAUAUUCUUGCCAUUAAAGUUGAUGGUUAAAUCAUGUCUGUGAUCUGUAAUAGUCUACAAUUAAACUGUUUUUCAUGACCCUGUUUAAUUAAUAUCAUAAGGAAGGGUUACACUGACCGCAAUGUCUUACUUACCAUUGUGUUGGUGACAAUGAAAAACAGUUUUGCACGUUUCACCACUACGUCAACUACUCAGUGUGAUUUGGCUCUGCCUUCAAUUCAAAUGCAAGCAAUUAUAAAAGGCAACUUUAAAAAGUCUUUUUUUUUUUUACUAUAAUUUAUUGAUUAUACCACAAUGAAGGAAAUGGGGGAUCUGUAAUGUAUGCACUUAAAAGGGACCGCCUUGUUGAACUUUAACAAUGGCUCAAUGCAAAUGGUAUUGUAGCGAAUUUGGGGGGCAGCCCGGAAACCGUCGCCACAGCCGGGACGCGAACCCGUAUCUCCCACUCCGCAAGCGACAACUUUAACCAGUCGACUAACCCACGUGUCUACUUAUCCAUGCACGUUACACUACCCCCCUCCUUCAGGAAGUGCGUCCCCGCGCUUCGGCAUAUCAGCUCCCUCACACCUCUGGGCGCACGCGCUUCCAAUGACCUCACGGUCUCACCAUCCCACUUCUGACACCAAUGUAGCGAAUUAGGGGGGCAGCCCGGGUACCGCCACAGAUGGGACGCGAACCCGUGUUUCCCACACCACAAGCGACAACGUUAACCAGUCGACUAAAGGGUCCGACCCGUUAGUCAAGGACCAAUGUGUCUACUUAUCCAUACACGUUACAGUAUCUAGUAGACCCAUUAGAUUUCUGCCUACGAGAAAUGCAAAACAUGUCAGUGUCUCAAAUUCAUGCUAAAACACUCUUCUCCUUGUUGCCAUACUCACCUGAUACUCAUGAAUAUAAAGAGAUGAAUACUGUUUGCCAUUAUGUGAGAAGGUUCCUUAGUUUCUUCCACACAAGUGUGAUGGAUAUUGCUUGAGGAAUAACUAUACUGAAGGUAAUCACUGUAGAUUCGUGAAAAACUGUUUAUGAAACCAUAUUAAAUCUGCUCUGAUCGUUAGUGAUUGUUAGCUAUGUAUGUGCAGUAAGAGACAUUUUAGGUUUCUUAUGCCAGAAGAACAUGUUUAAUCAAGGCAGCAGUCCCAAAGGUAUGUUAGCAGUAAGGGAUUUUUCUCGUAAGGAUUUUUUUUUUUGUUUCAGUAUUUUUUUAUUGGGUCACCAUAUGAAGAUAAUUGCAUUGUGUUUGAAUUGUUUGUGCCCCAGAUGAUUUAAUUUACAAUUUAAAUAUGCAAGACCCAAGCUCCAAAAGAAAAAAAAAGGAAUCUGUGCUGAAUCAGUCAUCUGAAUUGUAAUUGAAUGAAUCCAUCCCUAAACAAUUUUCCUGUGUUUCAUGUGCUUUACUUUUCUGUCUUUUUUUUCUGUUGUGUUUAUUUCAUUGCUUGACUCUUUUCUGUUAGAUAGCUCACCUUUUUAGUUGAAUUUUUGUUUAUGAAAUAAAUCAGGUUUGGAAGUAUAGUGUCAGUUGGUGAUUUUUAUUUUCUCUUCUUCCUCUCCUCCUCUUCUCCUUCAAAUAGAAACACCUCUAACUGGUUGGGUGUGUUGUGUUUUAAUAUGUGGUUUUGCAGCUACAGUAUACAUGGAUUUCAUAGACAACACUGACGCCUUGUGGAUAAAUAGAAGAUUGCACGCGGUGAGUCAGGAGUUCUUUGUGUGCUCGUUUUAUUUUCAUCAUCUCAUCUGCUUUUUUCGCAUGCUCUCGUCUUCUUUUUUUCUAUUUUA